AUGGACUUUGCCCACCCGCCGGAGGAAGCAGGACGGACGCUUGCACGCAAAUCCAUGGGGCUGGGGUCUCUCCUCCUCCUCCUCCUCCCCCUCCUCUCGCUCAGGGCAGCCGGCUCCCAGCUGCGGGUGAUGACGGACCCCUCCUCCCAGGCCCUGCUGGGCACCAAGGCCAGGCUGCAGUGCCACUUCGAUGUCGGGGGGCCGGUGGCCCUGCGCUCCCUGCGCGUGACCUGGAAACUCUGGGAUGAGAGCAUCACUCAGUAUGAGGGGGGCAGGAGCUGGGGGCAGGCUGAAGCCAGCAUGAAUGAAAUGGAGCUGGAGAAAGGAGAUGCCUCCCUCACACUGCCCAGGGUGACGCUGGCAGACGAGGGGCUGUACACGUGUGCCGUGGGCUACGGGGCGCAGCAGCAGCAGGGGAGCACCAGCCUGCGCGUGCUCGCUCCCCCGACCAUCUCCCUCACGCAGUGUGUGGCCCUGGCUAGUGCUGUCACCUCCCUCCUGUGUCAUAUGGGGGGCUUCUACCCCGAGGCCGUGGACGUGGCAUGGCUGAGGGACGGGCAGGUCCUGAACGGCUCCACUCGCUCCAGCCCCCAGAGGAAUCCAGACGGGACCUUCAGCCUCACCCUGACCUACACCUUCACCCCCGACCUGCGCGACGCCGGCAGCGUCUUCGCCUGCCGCGCCCGCCACGCGGCGCUGGGGCAGCCCCUGCACGAGGAGUUCCCCCUGGACGUGGCAGGUGGGGCCUCGCAUCGCACCGGCGCCGUGGUCGGAGCAUCCCUGGGGCUCGCGGUGGCAGCAGGAGCCGCGGCUGCCACGGCCUUUUACUGCUGGAGGAGGAGGAAAGGUGGGAAACCCCCCUACACCAUCUCCAAGGUGAAGGGGCCAAAGCAGUGCCUGCUGGGCCAGGAGGUGACCCUGCGCUGCUGCAUGGAGGGGACCUUCCCCGAGGACACGGCCGUGACGUGGGAGCGGGUCCAGGGCGAGGACAGGACGGCCACCGAGCCGCACGGGGACACGGCCGACCCCGAGCGCCUCCCGCUGUUACGCGCCCUGCCCCCGGGCUGGACCGCGACGCAGGAGAGAAGCGCGACCGGCCUCACGGCCUCCCUGACCUUCACCGCCACGGUGCAGGACGACGGGGCGCGCGUUCGGUGCUGCUUCCACCACGGGGCCAAGUGCAUCAGGGAGCAGCGGGAGUCCCGGGAGAUCCGGGUGUGGGCGCGGCCGGAGCUGUCCGGGAUCCAGGUGUGGCCGCGCUGGGACCCCCCGGACACGGUGCCGUUCGCCGUCCGCCUGCACGGCUUCUACCCCCGCGGGAUCCACCGCAUCGCGUGGAGCUGGGACGGGGACGGUGCCGGGAGAGAAGAGCCCCCCGACAUCAGCCCCAACGCGGACGGCACCUUCACGGCGACGAGCGUGUGGAGAGUGCCCAGCCGGAGCCUGACCGGCCCGGGGCUGCGAGUGCGAGUGUGCGUGCAGCACGGCCCCGCAGACCCCCCGCUGGAGACAGAGCUGCGCCUGGGGGACGCCGGGCUCCUGCAGCCCCCGGCGCUGUCGGACAUCUCCCAGCCGGAGUCAGUGCCCGCGGGGAGCAGAGUCACCCUGAGCUCCCGCAUUUCGGGGCAUUUCCCGGCAGAGCUGAGGGUGACCUGGCUCUGGAAGGGCAAGGGACAGGCUCCAGUCGUGCCCCUGGCGGACUCUGAUGACUAUGAGAUCCAACCGGGCACGGCCGUGCAGGCGCUGGACAAGAAAAGUUUCCAGCAGGAAACAAGCCUGAUCUUCACCCCGUCGGUGCAGAGAGACCAGGGCGCCCAGUACAUCUGCCGCGUGCGGCACGCAGCCCUGGAGCAGCCCGUGGAGAAGAGCAGCGCGGAGCUGCAGGUGACAGCGCGGCCGGAGCUGUCCGGGAUCCAGGUGUGGCCGCGCUGGGACCCCCCGGACCAGGUGCCGUUCGCCGUCCGCCUGCACGGCUUCUACCCCCACGGGAUCCACCGCAUCGCGUGGAGCUGGGACGGGGACGGUGCCGGGAGAGAAGAGCCCCCCGACAUCAGCCCCAACCCGGACGGCACCUUCACGGCGACGAGCGUGUGGAGAGUGCCCAGCCGGAGCCUGACCGGCCCGGGGCUGCGAGUGCGAGUGUGCGUGCAGCACGGCCCCGCAGACCCCCCGCUGGAGACAGAGCUGCGCCUGGGGGACGCCGGGCUCCUGCGGCCCCCGGCGCUGUCGGACAUCUCCCAGCCGGAGUCAGUGCCCCUGGGGAGCAGAGUCACCCUGAGCUGCCGCAUUUCGGGGCAUUUCCCGGCAGAGCUGAGGCUGGUCUGGCUCUGGAAGGGCAAGGGACAGGCUCCAGCCAUGCCCCUGCCGGACUCUGAUGACUACGAGAUCCAACCGGGCACGGCCGAGCAGGCGCUGGACAAGAAAAGUUUCCAGCAGGAAACAAGCCUGAUCUUCACCCCGUCGGUGCAGAGAGACCAGGGCAUCCGGUACAUCUGCCGCGUGCGGCACGCAGCCCUGGAGCAGCCCGUGGAGAAGAGCAGCGCGGAGCUGCAGGUGACAGCGCGCCCGGAGCUGUCUGGGAUCCAGGUGUGGCCGUGCUGGGACCCCCCGGACCAGGUGCCGUUCGCCGUCCGCCUGCACGGCUUCUACCCCCGCGGGAUCCACCGCAUCGCGUGGAGCUGGGACGGGGACGGUGCCGGGAGAGAAGAGCCCCCCGACAUCAGCCCCAACCCGGACGGCACCUUCACGGCGACGAGCGUGUGGAGAGUGCCCAGCCGGAGCGUGACCGGCCCGGGGCUGCGAGUGCGAGUGUGCGUGCAGCACGGCCCCGCAGACCCCCCGCUGGAGACAGAGCUGCGCCUGGGGGACGCCGGGCUCCUGCGGCCCCCGGCGCUGUCGGACAUCUCCCAGCCGGAGUCAGUGCCCCUGGGGAGCAGAGUCACCCUGAGCUCCCGCAUUUCGGGGCAUUUCCCGGCAGAGCUGAGGGUGACCUGGCUCCGGAAGGGCAAGGGACAGGCUCCAGCCGUGCCCCUGCCGGACUCUGAUGACUAUGAGAUCCAACCGGGCAUGGCCGAGCAGGCACCGGACGGGAAGAGUUUCCAGCAGGAAACACGCCUGAUCUUCACCCCGUCGGUGCAGAGAGACCAGGGCGCCCAGUACAUCUGCCGCGUGCAGCAUGUGGCCCUGGAGCGGGCCACGGAGAAACGCAGCUCCGGGCUGCAGGUGACAGGUCUCCCGCAGCCCCUGGAAGUGCCACAAAUCUCUGAGUCUGAGUCAGUGCCCGCAGGGAGGGGACUUGCUGCGGGGCAUUCCCCACGGCAGCCAAGUACGUCCCUGAUGCUCAGCACCAAACCUGUGCCCGUGACACCGCAGACCGUCCCUGAGUGGCGUGGCACUGCUGCGCACACCAGCAGCGGGCUCCUGCGGCCCCCGGCGCUGUCGGACAUCUCCCAGCCGGAGUCAGUGCCCCUGGGGAGCAGAGUCACCCUGAGCUGCUGCAUUUCGGGGCAUUUCCCGGCAGAGCUGAGGCUGGUCUGGCUCUGGAAGGGCAAGGGACAGGCUCCAGCCGUGCCCCUGGCGGACUCUGAUGACUAUGAGAUCCAACUGGGCACAGCCGAACAGGCACCGGACGGGAAGAGUUUCCAGCAGGAAACAAGACUGAUCUUCACCCCGUCGGUGCAGAGAGACCAGGGCGCCCAGUACAUCUGCCGCGUGCAGCAUGUGGCCCUGGAGCAGCCCGUGGAGAAGAGCAGUGCAGAGCUGCAGGUGACAGGUCUCCCGUGGCCCGUGGAGGAGCCACAAAUCUCCGAGUCUGAGUCGGUGCCCGCAGGGAGGGGAGUCGCUGCGGGGCAUUCCCCACGGCAGUCAAGCACGUCCCUGAAGCUCAGCACCAAACCUGUGCCCGUGACACCGCAGACCGUCCCUGAGCGGCGUGGCACUGCUGCGCACACCAGCAGCGGGCUCCUGUGGGCCCCGGACAUACCAGACACGUCCAGAAAUCGCUCCACCUCCUCGAGGCCCAAGGACGAGACGGAUGAGCCCCAGCGCCGGGAGGAGACUGAACCCGAACAGAAGCCGAGUUUGAACUCCUCUGGGCCCCAGAAGCCCCGAGGUCCCCUGCCACCCCUGGAGGUGCCAGACAUCUCCAGAAAUCACUUCACUUCCUCGAGGCCCAAGGACGAGACGGAUGAGCCCCAGCGCCGGGAGGAGACUGAACUCGAACAGAAGCCGAGUUUGAACUCCUCUGGGCCCCAGCAGCCCCGAGGUCCCCUGCCGCCCCUGGAGGUGCCAGACAUCUCCAGAAAUCGCUUCACUUCCUUGAGGCACAAGGACGAGACGGAUGAGCCCCAGCGCCGGGAGGAGACUGAACCCGAACAGAAGCCGAGUUUGAACUCCUCUGGGCCCCAGCAGCCCCGAGAUCUCCUGCAGCCCCCCAAGAUGCCAGGAACCUCUGGACGUGUCACCUCCUUGAGGCAAAUGUUCGAAAGGGUUGAUCACCAGUGCCAGGAGAAGCCCAAACCCCAACAGAAGCCACGUUUGAAAUCCUUUGGGCCCCAGCAGUUCUGAGCUCGGGGACAGGUGUCCCAGAUCCACGUGCUGCCCAACACACACGACCCGGAGGAAGUGCAGUUUGCUGUCUGCAUAGAGCACUACUAC